CAGUGCUGAGAUUGCAUGUGCAAAAUUUACCAUGCGGGUGUCAGGAAUUUCAAUCUUUGCUUCCAAAACAGACUGGCAGCAUGGGGGCCGACUUAGGGUGUGAGCGGGAUACCACACACUACAUCUACCUCUAGUUUCGAGACUCGAAGGGGGUUUCUUUCAAGCUUCCUUCUGCCGUGACACCACGCCACACUGUCUCACUGGGUGUCUUGGACAAGGAUGCAAGCGGUCCACACACAAAUGUUGGUUCAUUUGGGCAAGUUCUUCUUUGCCGGUGCAGUUUGUGACAAUGCCUGAGGAAAACUGAACAGAGCGCAGGAUUAUGUUGGCUACAACGAUCACGACAGCCCUGAUCUACCUCACCUUGCAAAACAGCGGAGUGUUGGCCCUGGGGACGGCAUGUUGGGAUGAGCGGUUGACAAGAGCAGGGAGAAACAGCAGCUGUGUUGCUCCGCAGCCCUUCCUGAUAUUCGGCCAUGGAAAAGCCAUACAUAGGAUGGACCUGGACGGGAAGAACCACAGAAGGCUUGUUUCCGGGGUGGCCACCUCCAUCCUGCUUGAUGUCCAUUUCAGAGAAGAGACACUUUACUGGGCGGACAAGCACACGGGAAUCAUCUAUAAGUCAUCUGUGAGGGGCGUGCACAGACAGAAACUGUACUCGUCCGACAAACACAUCUCAGGCCUUGCGGUGAACUGGAUGUGGAACGUCAUAUAUUGGACCAGCGGGGACAAGGGCAAAGUCAAGAGAAUCGAUACAAAUGGGAAAAAUGAGAGCACUCUUGUAAGACACUUGACUCAGCCAAGUUCAAUUGUGACUGACCCUGCUGAAAGGUUUCUGUUUUGGUUAUCUGGCGGCAUAACCUCAAGCAUCCAGCGCUCCGAUGUGACAGGACAGAGGAAAACAACACUGAUUAAGAUAUCGCAGCAGCUGAAGGCGCUGUCGAUCGACCACAGAGACAAAAGACUGUUCUGGGUGCAGUUUGGUCUGCAAGGAGAAAGUGCCAUCGCCUCCUCUGACUACAGCGGCAAAGCCCUGCACAUCAUAGAUCAGCCCCUUCAGUUUGAAUCGCUGGGAAUAUCUUUUUUCCACCAGUACAUAUAUUACACUGAUGCUGCAUCUCUCGCAAUAAAAAGAGUCAACAAGUACACAGGUGGAGAGCCAGUGGACGUCAACAUAAAACAGAUGACAAAAGUCCCAGUUGAUAUCAAAGUGGUUCAUGCCGACAACCAGCCAAUGGCGGACUCACCGUCGCCGCCCCAAGGAUGUGACGAAAGGAGCGGCGACUGCGUCAACGCGUGUUCGAGUGGCAUAGAGCAGGGACUUUGUAAGUGCAGUGAAGGAUUUGCGCUCAGCAAGCAAGGCUCUUAUUGUGAAGAUGUGAAUGAAUGCGCCCACUGGAACCACGGCUGCUCUCUUGGUUGUGAGAACAUUCCAGGUUCUUAUUUCUGUACCUGCCCCAAUGGAUAUGCCCUCCUCCCGGACAAAAAGACAUGCAGAGAGAUCAUAACCUGUGAAGGCAAUGCCACUGAGUGUGGUCACGGUUGCCUAGCAACAGACGAGGGUCCUGUGUGUGUUUGUCCAAAGGGGUCUAUAUUGCAGGAAGAUGGCCAGGCCUGUACAGGUUGCUCAUCUGCAGACAGAGGAGGGUGCAGUCAGCUGUGCACACCAAUAGUAGCCACUCGGUGGCAGUGUGCAUGUCUGCCAGGCUACCAGCUCCAUCAAGAUGGCAGGAGGUGCAUUGCCUCAGGACCACCACCAUAUCUGCUUAUUGCCAGUCUGGUGGGCGUGCAAAGAUUAAAUACUGAUGGCACUGAGGGACAAAUCCUUGUGGAGGAGCCCAGAGGAGCAAUCAUAUCCUUGGACUAUGACCCUGUGCACAACAAUAUAUACUUUGCCAGCACGUCCCAGAAGACAAUUGAACGGAUUGAUAUGAACGGUGGGUCCAGACGUCGUCUCGUCUCUGACCAUCUGGGAUCAACCAACGGGCUGACUAUCGACUGGAUCCAUCGCAAGUUGUACUGGACUGUUCCAAGCCAGUCAUCAGUGGUCAGCAGUACCUUGGAUGGACUCAACAGGACAACUCUUUUGCGUGACGGCCUUGACCAACCAACAUCUAUCGCAGUCCAUCCUCGGGAAAAGAAGUUGUUCUGGGCGGAUAUUGGACUACACCCCAAAGUGGAAAGUUCCACUCUCGACGGGACGAACCGCACGGUAAUCGCAAGCACUGACCUUGUGUCACCCAGUGGUCUGACCGUCGACUUCACAGAGGACCGUCUGUUCUGGUGCGACGGGCCGACGGUGGAGACGUCUGCGCUGGACGGUUCCGAUCGACGGAUCCUAUUAGAGAACCAAGUAGGACGGCCCUUUGACCUGGCCGUGUUUGAGGACAGGCUGUGGGUGGUGGACAGGGAAAACCAGCAGCUAACAAGCGUGCACAAGAGGACCGGGAAGGAGCUGCAGCAUCUCCAUGUAAACCUGGUCCAACCUGCAUCCGUUGUGGUGGUGCAUCCGCUUGCUAAACCAGAACAUGCAGACGUUGAGCCGGCAAAUCCAACAGCGCUACCGAACAACACAACUCUCGGUGAUGAGCGCACGACUCACAACCACGUGGAUGUAGAGUCAAGGUCGUUCACCAACAAGAUGGUCUCAGACCAACACGAGUGUCACUCGGCAACAUGUGGUCCCAAUGCCAACUGUCACCUGAAUGCCGGCAGCCCGGCAUGCUCUUGUCUGAAAGGCUUCGCCAGUGAUGGCCACUUUUGUGUGGAUACUGACGAGUGUAAACUGGGAACCCAUGACUGCGACCAAAACGCAGACUGCCUAAACACAGAGGGUGAUUUUCUAUGCAAGUGCCAGGCUGGAUACCAUGGCAACGGGCACAAAUGUCAAGCUCUACAAAUCACACCACCAUCAGUCAUGACAAGUAGCCCUGCCGACGUCAAGCACCAGAAUAGUAACUCUGUGGAGAGUUGCCCUUCCACGCAUGAAUCUUACUGCUUGUACCAGGGAGUCUGCUUCUACUUUCCGGAGAUGGAGACCUAUGCCUGCAACUGCGUGUCAGGCUACAUGGGCGAGCGCUGCCAGUUCAGCGACCUGGAGUGGUGGGAGCUUCAGCAGGCCGAGAAGGAGAAGAGGAGGAAUGUGGUCAUCGCAGUCUGCAUGGUGGUCCUUGUUUGCCUGCUGUCCGUCGCUGCCUGCGUCACCUACUGCUGCAGAUCUCAAGGACUUUUCAGCAAGCAGCCCUCGGUGGACAACGUGAGUGAGACUAGUGUGACGGAGGAGGACGUGUCAGACAGCAUCAAAGACAGCGUGCCUCAGGUCUCCACAGUGGUGGAAAACGACCCAAAAGGAAUCACUCUCACUGCAGCGGGUUGUCCCAGGAGGGCAGUAUGUCCAUCAUGCUCUUCAGAGGCAGGAAACAACCAAUCUGAAGAGAUGGAAACAUGGUGCAAAAACAACCAAGGGUACGAGUGUUCCAUGGUGUCCUCUGUUGUAAGGGAGAUCAAUCAGACCCCCCCACUCCAUCACACUGGUCAGUUGCCGAAUGCAAACACCUGUAUAUCAAUGACGGUGGCGAGUGUUCCACAUACUUCCGGUCCAGAGCCAUCUGCUUCCUGUACAGUUUAAGGCUUGCAUUUCCUGGUUUGUACACUAUGGGGUGAAAACCUUCUGUUGUGUUUCCUAAUAUUCAUUGAGCCGAGGCACAUACUGUAUUUGACAUUACAAAAAUGUAGCAUGGCACACCACCAAAGAUACCAUGACUUAUUCUGUUGUACGAAUGGCAACAGUUUUCGGUUCUUGUCAUUAAUUUGUUCCAAGCGGUCCGACAAAAAACCCAACAUACAAAACCUGAGGCAGUUUUUUUGAUAGGAGAUAAUUCAAAUCCAAUUAAUCCAUUCCAGAUACACAAAAAUACAUUGUAUAUAGAACAAUAAUAGUUUUACAUGCAGAAAACAAUGCAGUAUCAUUAUAAAUGACGAAUGAAUGGAACUUAUAGUUGUUGCGGACUUUCUGAUGAGAUAGAAUUCAACAGUGUUUUUCACUUUCUAUAUCACUUUGCUGGCACUGGCAACUUUCUUUGGCCCAAUGGUGGGUUAGCUAGAAGUCGCACUCAAUAAAAAAUGCACAGUGAGUCAGCAACACAUAGGGUGCUUUGUUUGGGCACUAGUGCAGAGCAAACAGACUUGUUUGUUAAGUGCAAUAUUGUACAAAAACUGAUGCAACAUUUUAACACAAAUGUUUGACGAACACUGAGGUUUGCCAUUUACUGGAAGAGCAUUUCAUUAUUCUAAAUAUCACUGCGACACUGACAUAAACAAAUGAACAAAGAUACAUUACUCUUAGUAAAUAAAUAAUUUUUGUACCAAUUAAUUGAAAUUGCGACACACCUGAUGAUCUCUCACUACCCACUUAUUUGCCACGGCACCAUGGUUGGAAAUCACUGGGUCAGAGUAUUGUGUUUGAGCUGAAUAAACUACUAUAAUCGUAAAUUACCGUCAUAAUAACCAUAAAACAACACAUUCGAACCUGUAAAAACUCCCUGUCGACAGUAACGUGCAAUGUGACAGCAAAGUUUAUUUUUAUACAGUCUUUCUUUAACCAGAGUUCAACAAUGAAUGCCUUCAUAAUGAAAGUGGCCUUGAACUGGAAGACAAACCAGUCAUGGAUGACUCAAUUAGACUGCUUGGUGUGCAAAAGUAAAAGCAAUUAACUUGUGUCUUUGUAUUUAUCGGGAUAACCCAACCACAUUCCAGUAUUUGUACUCAUCAUAGGAAUGUACUAUUUUUGCAAUUCUUGGCCAGUUCUGAUACCAAUAUAUUUGAUACCGCCAGUAAUUAUAAUCAUAUUGGACAAUAAAGCUUUUGCAUCAUGAACCCGACAAUAAUAAAAGCCUGACAAAUUGGUGCAUUCCUAAUUUAAAGUGCACACAACUCUGACUGUACAAUGUUUUUAGCAGCUAUAACACCCAACUGUGAAAUUAAACAUCAAUAAAAUUAUAAUCACAAAAUGUGCUGUUAUUGACUUGGCGAGAGUUGCCAGGAAAGACACUUGUUAUCCAUCCAUCCAUUUUCUAUACCGCUUCAUCCUCAUUAGGGUCGCGGGGGCAUGCUGGAGCCUAUCCCAGCUGAUUUCGGGCGACAGGCGGGGUACACCCUGGACUGGUCGCCAGCCAAUCGCAGGGCACAUAUAGACAAACAACCAUUCACACCUAUGGACAAUUUAGAGUCGCCAAUUAACCUCAUCCUUUUGGGAAUGUGGGAGGAAGCCGGAGUGCCCGGAGAAACCCACGCGCACACGGGGAGAACAUGCAAACUCCACACAGAAAUGCCCAGGGGAGAAUCGAACCCAGGUCUUCCCGAUCUCCAGGCUGUUCCUGUAUUGGCCAACGUGCCAACCACUAGACCACCGUGCACCCUACACUUGUUAUCUUAAAAGCUUAUUUACUGUAGGUGGUGUGGAUUUGACUGGAGUCCUGAGUUGUCCCUGAAUGCGUCAUCUUUCGAAAACUGAAUGCCUUCAACUAGUCAGACUUUGGGGACAGCCUUUUUCGCACAAAGCAAGCCCCAAAAAUAUGGCGCUAUAUUAGGGCCAAAAGUUUUGUACAUGGAAAAAAUACAAUUACAACCUGAAAAUUCAAGUUUUUAUGUUGAAUUCUGAAAAUUACAUCAGCGUCUUCAAAAUCUAAAUAAGUAAUCCUUUAAUCAGUGAGUAAUCCCUAACGCAGCUCCAUAUAUAAACAGCAUGCUUGGAUGAAUUUGAAAUUCUGUUACACACUACUCACAAAAAAAGCCCCUUUUCCACCAAAAGUUCAAUAACUUUUAGUUCCUGGUAACUAUAGUUCCUGGAACUAAAAGGUCCAUGUGGCCCUGUGUAGUUGGCAUUUCCACCACUUCAGGGCAGUUUAUUCAAAUCCGGCCAUUCAGGGAGAGUGGUAUAUUUUUACACUGAUGCAAUAUAAAAAUUAUUUUAAAAAUAAGAUUUUUUUAAUAAAGCGUCAGUUAAUAAAUUACAAAAGUAAAAAUGUACAAAACACAAAGAAGCAUACCGGUCUGGGCUUUACAAAAAGUCAGUGAAGGGUUAGGGUUUUCUUGGCAAGUGUCUUCGCCCAGUGUCCAACACAGUCAGAAAGACGUCCUCUGAGCAAAUGUGACCUCAUACGGCUCUGACAAGUCCUGAUGGUCCAUUUCAUCUGUAAAUAAUACAUAAAGAAUAAGUAACCGUGUUGAGCCACAGCACAGACACAUCCAACUGUAGCUUUAGCGGUAGCCUGUUAGCAUCAGG